AGAUGGGCGCAGCUCUCUGGUGAUCACUUGCAUCGAUAAAGCUGUGCGCAGCGCCUCGACCAAGACAGCACAAGCAGUUUUCACACCCAGCUCUACAAUUCUUUCUAGCCGAAGGAUGACUGACAGGAACCCAGGUGGCCGCAGGCUGAGGCAGUGGCUGAUUGAGCAGAUUGAAAGCGGUCUGUACCCUGGCCUGCUGUGGGAGAACGAAGAGAGGAGCAUGUUCCGAAUCCCCUGGAAACACGCUGGGAAACAGGAUUACAACCAGGAGAUCGAUGCUUCCAUUUUUAAAGCGUGGGCCGUGUUCAAGGGGAAGUUCAAAGAAGGAGACAAAGCAGAGCCAGCUACCUGGAAGACGAGACUUCGCUGUGCCUUGAACAAAAGCCCGGACUUUGAAGAAGUCACAGACAGGUCCCAGCUGGACAUAUCUGAACCUUACAAGGUCUACCGAAUAGUUCCAGAGGAAGAACAGAAAUGUAAAAUGUCCGCAGCUAUGAGUGGGAGCACUCCCAGUGAAGUGACAGACAUGGAGUGCAGUCCGUCGGAAAUUGAAGAGCUCAUAAAGGAAUCUUCUACAGAUGAGUACCUUGGUAUUAUCAAGAGAAGCCACUCCCCUCCGCAGGAAACCUGCAGGACUCAAGCCACACAGGAAUGGUGGUCUCCCGCCCAUCUGAGCCCCGUCCCAACCAUUCCUGAUGCCCCACCAGCCGGACAUUUUAAUGCAGCCUUCUCUCAGAUGAUGAUAGCCUUCUACUACGGGGGGAAGAUGGUGGGGAACACGCUGACCACCCACACCGAGGGCUGCCGGAUAGCCCUGUUCCAGCCUCCCGUCUCCAACGAGCUGCUGUACGGCCCCGACAGCCUCCAGAACAUCCGCUUCCCCCCGGUGGAGCUGAUCGAGAACGAGCGGCAGCGCCACGUCACCAGGAAGCUCUUCGGCCACCUGGAGCGCGGGGUGCUGGUGCGCUCCAACCGCGAGGGCAUCUUCAUCAAGAGGCUGUGCCAGAGCCGCGUCUUCUGGAACGGCCAGUGCUCCCCGUACGGCAGCUCCCCCAGCAAGCUGGAGCGCGACGCCGUGGUGAGGAUCUUCGACACGGCGCGCUUCCUGGCAGCUUUGCAGCUUUAUCAGGAGGGCCAGUGCUCAGCUCCAGACCCCACAGUGACCCUGUGUUUCGGCGAGGAGUUUCCUGACACCAACUCUGCCAAAUACAAGUUAAUAAUCGUGCAGAUCACUCAGAUGAACUGCCAGCAGCUCCUGGAAACGGUCAACGCCAGGAAGUCCGCCUACAGCAGUGGGGGCCUGGAGAUCUGUGACGAAACGCAGAGCGACCAGAUGGCCCGCAUAUUCCAAGACCUCUGCAGCUACAACGGCGCUCAGCGAUCCUGCUUUAGGGAAAAUCUACCGAUUACCGUAUAACCGGGGAGGAGAGGGGUAGUGGGGCGGUGAAGACAGAGAUGGGCGUGAGGUUAGAAACGUCACCUGCCUUGUGGCUCGUGCUGACUGACAGACUGUGUGCUGUGGCUGCCACAACAGGGGCUUUUCUGCUACUCUGACAAGCGCAGUAAAAACAAUUCUGCGUCUCAAGAAGGAUUACAAACUGAAUUCUUUUAUAGCCGGCGUAACUUGGAUAGGUUUUACUAUCUUUCAUAAAGAGUGCAUAAACUAGAGCCUGUGGAGACUUGUGGUACUGAUUGCUAAAUGGAGAUUCAGAACGGAUGUUCUCUAGAAAUGUAAUGUAUAUAUUUGUAAAUGUUAGGAUUUUUUCUAACCAUGUCUUCCAAUUUAACAAAAGGACAUUGCUGCCAUCAAGAAAAAAACAAUCAUGUGUAUCUUGUACUUGCGUGAAAAUUACGUUGCCAUUACAAGAUAGCAAAUUAUUGUGUACUUUAUGUAAUAAUCAUGACCUAGCACAACUGUCAUACAACACCUACAUUACUAUAACUUGGAUUUCAGUUUCAACCUGUGGAAUCGAUUGCAUGGUACAGUCUUUCUUGUUUAAGGAUAAGUCUGAAUGUCUUCAUGCUCAUGAGUGUAUUCACAUUUGCUAAAAAUUGUAACGUUUCAUCAUGACUUAACCCCAGUGGAAAAUAAGUCUGUGCAGAUUCUGCAGUGCUGGACACUGUCACGAACACUAAACCCACAGUUCCAGCUGGCCUGUAAGUAGCUUUUAGUUGCUGUCAUUGCACAAUGUGAUAGGAUGUUCAUAAACUCAAAUGAUCAUUGUUAUCUUGUAAUUACAAGAGAUUAUUUUUUUCCGUUGAUGACAGCAAUGUACUUCUGUAUAAUAUAGUGUGAAUACUAUAGAUCUUUGUGAGUUAUAUGUAGCAUUAUUACGUGAUAAGCUUUUUGUUUCAUCCAAGACUGCAAAAUCAUUAACAAUCUUGCAUACUUGUAACACUUAGAGGUGGACCAUAAAUGUGAAUUUAAAGUAAUUCCAACUUAAUUUGUUCUGCCAGCUGUAAAAUGAAAUGUUUUUUUGUUCAAUCUUUUGAGAAUUGUGUACAG